UGUUCGUAUCUUUGUUGUAAACAACGGUGAAAAUUCUUCCGCCAAAGCGCUUUUACUUUUUAGUCGCGUUAAUUUACCAAAAAUCUAAUGAAAAGUAAUGAUUAUUCUAUAAUCAGCUAAACGCUGUAUACGAAAUGCUGACCUCAAAGAUAAGUAAAGUGAGUAAAGUAGUAAUUUGCGGUGGUAAAGGCGUAGGAAAAACUGCCAUCCUGGAACAACUGAUCUACGGUAAUGUUACCAUCGAGUCGGAAAUCCACAGCACAAUUGAGGACACCUAUGUGGCCAGUGUGGAUACCGGAAAGGGCAGUCGAGAUACGCUGCGAAUCUACGAUACAGCGGGUCUGCAAGGCAGCGUCCAACUCCCUAGGCACUAUUUGACCUACCCGGAUGCGUUUAUUCUAGUUUACGACCCAAGUGAUCCGUCCAGUUUGGAUAUGCUGGGCGGAAUCAAGAGCGACAUCGAUAAGUUUAAGGAUAAGAAAGAAAUUUUCAUCAUUGUGAUAGCAAACAUGCGAUCACGGCAGUCGCGCUCGGCCGGAUCAUCCCCGAUCAAUUCCUCUCAGCAACAGUAUCAGAUGAACAACGACGCAAUCGAGUCCAACCUGACUCGAGCGAACAAUUGGUGCGCUCGAGAACGAAUCAAACAUUACACCGUCAACGCAAUGGAGCGUGCCUCGCUGUACGAACCGUUUGUCCAGUUGGCCAGCCGGCUGUAUCCUCCUCAGACGAAGAGUAGCUUUCCGCAGCUCCGCCAGCUUACUCAGAAAACCUCCAAAGUGGACAACAGUUAGUCGACACCGCUUCAGUUGGCGUAUUAUUGUUCUUACAACCAAAAAAUGCUCGAGCUAGGGCCAAAUUUUAUGUGACUCUUUUUAUAUUGAAGACUGGUUAUGUUGGAAUAAUCCGGCAUAAUUACUCUUAGUGAUGUUUCGCUGCAAUUACAACUAUUAUUCUAUGAAGAUUAGCUUCUCUUCCUUUUUGAUCAGGGAACCUGUUAGACUGCACUUUAUUUUUUUAGGAUAAUUUACAUAAAUAUCCAAAAGUAAAUGCACCAUUAUCAGUAUCCAGUUUAGCUUUUAAGUUAUGAUCAUGUAUUAGAGGUACGUAAUGCACCCAGUUUAUAAGCGUUUUGCUUCCUAUUAGUCAUCUAUUGAAACGUGUAUCUCCUUAAAUUGUACUUAAUACGAUUAAGCAACAGCAAAAAUUAGAUUAUUUGAGCUAUACAAAAAACAGACAAGUCUUAAAUGAAAGAAAUACAUUUAUUUUACUUUACAUAAAAA